AUGGGAGAUGUCAAAGAAACUAAAAUGCAGAUAACACCUGAAACUCCAGGGAAGAUCACUGUCCUAAAUCCUUUUGAAAGUCCAAGUGAUUAUUCUAGUCUUCAAGAGCAAAUUGUUUCCAGCCCUUCUGUUUUUAAAUCAACAAAGUCUUCAUCAACUCCAGGGAAAUUUAGAUGGUCUAUUGAUCAACUUGCUGUCAUAAAUCCUGUGGAAAUAGACCCAGAAGACAUUCAUCGUCAAGCUUUAUAUUUAAGUCAUUCUGGAAUAGAUAAAGAUGUGGAAGACAAAAGACAAAAAGCGAUUGAAGAGUUUUUCACUAAAGGUGUCAUUGUACCCUCUCCUUGGACCGAUCAUGAAGGGAAACAACUUUCACAAUGUCAUUCCAGCAAAUGUAUAGACAUAAACAACGUAUCUCCAAUUGGAAGAGAACCGACCAUAUCUUCUGGAAAAAACAAUGUUGCAUGUCAAACAUUGUUGUCUCUGCCUGUGGAUUUUAAUUUAGAAAAACUGUUAGGUGAAUAUUUCAGAGCAGAUGAAUUUGCAGACCAAUCUCAAGAAAACCUCAGUUCCUCAUCUCUAAGAAGAAAACUGUUUUUAGAUGGAAAUGGAAGUAUGUCUGACUCUUUGUCUCCAACUUCUCCCAAGAGUCCAUAUAGUAAUGCUCCAGCAUCACUUGAAGUCCUUUAUUCAAUAGAUUUAUCCCCAGUUAGAUGUAGGAGCCCUGUGGAAACACCAAGCUCGGGCCAGUUUUCCUCCAGUCCUAUUCGUGGAGGUACAAGAAAAUAUAGCUUGGGAAGCAUAACAAGCCCUUCAUUUCCAGAGCACCCCUCUACCAGUAUUGCUUCACCAACAUUCUCUCCAAUUGCUUUUCAGAUAGGAAAAACCCCACUUUCUGAACCAAGGAAGUGUGCCUUUCGUUCUCCUGAUGUGCCAUCUGCUCCAAAUUCUAAUGGUGUUACCAACUCUUGUACCAGAAGUCCUUACAUAGAUGGCUGCUCUCCAAUUAAAAAUUGGUCUCCUAUGAGACUUGGGACAUGCAAAGGAGGUACUCAGUACCGUACUUCACUCAUUCGGAUACCUUUUACUCUUGAGCAUCACAAUGAAGAAGAAGAAGUAGAAGAAGAAAAAGAAAAAAAAGAAAAUGCUCUUUCCACAGAUGUCUCUUCACCAGCAAUGGAUACUGCUGGAGUACAUUUUCGACAGCUAGAUGGGGAUGCUUUUGCACGUGGCACACAUUUAGUUGUGGCUACCAUGUCUAUUACAAAAGAUCAGUCCAGUGUUCAUGAGAAAGAAUUGGCAUUAUUGCAAGACACUGAAGGUGAAAAGGAGAAUACCUCUGUAGAUAUGGUUGAUCCUGUGGAGAUAGCAGAUGACAACAUAUGGGUUAAGGAUACAGUUGGUAAUGGCAGUUUACCAAUGACUGGAUUUAUGACGGGCAUUGCUUUCAGUAUUGAAAGUUCUCAUAUGUGCAUGUCACCUCUUGCAGAAAGCAGUGUCAUUCCUUGUGAAAGCAGCAGCAUUCAGGUGGAUAGUGGCUAUAAUACACAGACUUGUGGGAGCAGUAUUAUUGAUACAAUUGGAAUCGGAACAGAGAGCUAUUGUAGAGAAAGUGAUCCACUGUCUUGUGAAAUUCAGAACAAAUCUCAAAUUCUUGAAGCAAAGGUGAAGUUUGAAUUCUUGGGCAUAAACACCUUUAAAAGAAACUAUUGCUACUCAAGUUUAAAGAUUCAAAGUACAUGGAUUCUUGGAACUUGUGCAGAUGUAGCAGGUGCAUAUCUACUGAAGGAAGCUCUACAACACUAUGGAUACUCCAUCAUGUAAGGAGUAUAUUCCACUCAAAGUCAACAUAGCUAGCUACAUAGCUAAUGAACCACUUAUUAAUAUGCUUGACUUCAACCACCAUUGCAUUAGAAAAUAAGGAGAACGAUUAGAGAUUUUUAACUAUUUGGGACUUGAAGACCUUUUGAUAACUGGGCCUUAGUUUCUUGAGGUAACCUCUAGACAGAACUGGGAAAAUGAUAAAAAAAAAUAGGUAGAGACAAUGAUAUUAGUAAAGAACAAAAGAAAAUUUGUCAUAGAUAAACAAGGCAGAUAAACUGGGUACAGAGUCAAUAAUUAGAAUAUCUUAUGUCAGAAGUAUCAGAACUUUGGGCAUGUUUUACAGUAUAACUAAAACAAAAUCAUAAUGAAAAAAGAGACUCACUAUCCAAAUACAAUGGAAAUAGCCAAAUCCAAGAAUUUGGACACUGAAGGAAUUACCUUGGAUUUUGCUGCCUUCAGAAGGACUUCAUAAUUUGACGGAGGAGGAGCAGGAUGUUUUCUGAGCAAGGCAUUUUCAGAAAAUUCUU